AUGCCCGGGAGCGGGAAUCGCCCGGCCCCGGCAGCCGGGAUCACAGCACCGGGAAUCGCCCGGCCCCGGCAGCCGGGAUCACAGCACCGGGAAUCGCCCGGCCCUGGGCAGCCGGGAUCACAGCACCGGGAAUCGCCCGGCCCCGGCAGCCGGGAUCACAGCACCGGGAAUCGCCCGGCCCUGGGCAGCCGGGAUCACAGCACCGGGAAUCGCCCGGCCCCGGCAGCCGGGAUCACAGCUCCGGGAAUCGCCCGGCCCCGGCAGCCGGGAUCACAGCUCCGGGAAUCGCCCGGCCCUGGGCAGCCGGGAUCACAGCACCGGGAAUCGCCCGGCCCCGGCAGCCGGGAUCACAGCUCCGGGAAUCGCCCGGCCCUGGGCAGCCGGGAUCACAGCACCGGGAAUCGCCUGGCCCCGGCAGCCGGGAUCACAGCACCGGGAAUCGCCCGGCCCCGGCACCCCUCGGCCGCUGCUCUCCCGGGGGAGCCCAUUCGGCUCCGCUGCACCAUCACUGGCCAUGGUGGGCAGGGCAUGUGCUCCAUGACCUCUGAGGGCUUUUCCAACCGAAACAAUCCCAAUUCUGGUAACAAUGCAGGAAAACCAUCCAUCAUUAUUUCACAGAUGGGGACCCAGACCCACCAGGCAGGACCUGUCCCUGUCCUGUCCAGCCCGGAGGCUGCAAGGUCACUGACAAGGAGCCAAGAGUCUCUCAGGGCCAGGGACACCACUGCCACCAUCCAUGGCCUUAGCCACUUCACCUCCCACAGCUGCCGCUUCCCCACCUCCUGCGGGCGCUCAUCCCUGAGGCCAGGGCAGGAGGGCAGGAGGCAGGCAGACACAGCUCAUGCAGCCACGGGAGGCUCUGUGGGCAGGGGAGGUGAUGAGCAAGGCCAAGAUGAACAGAACUGGCUCUGCUGCCCUUAUCCCACACAGUUCCAUGCAUUAUCCCAGAGUGAGAAUGUGGCCCCGUCCUACCCAGCGCAGCCCACACUCAAUGAUUACGUCUCUAGUGCAUCAAACCUGCUUUCUGCUCAAAACCACAGGAAAAUGUCCAGAAAAACAGUGGCCUAUAAAUAGAAAUUGCUUCUGGAACAGUUUAAACCCAGAUCCACGACACCAAAUUCCACUGCUCCUUACAGGAACAGAGACAGUGCCUGCUUGUCUGAAUCCCAAGCACAGGAACAGACAAUUUGGGAAUCUUCCCCAUUUGACUGCACAUAUUGCUGCACUGAACUGCUCUGGGGAGAGCAGCAAAACAAGUUCUCUAAUACUCACAAGAAAAAAAAAACUCUUGUCUAAACAACACAAUUAUAUUAAAAGUAAAAAAAUACCAUUUUAAAUAAAUACAAUUGCAAAAAAGGCUCUGGGUGAUAAGGGAAUGAUGAGGUAAAUAAAGCAAAACCAAAAAGUACAGCAAACCUCAUUUCAAGAUAAAAACCAGUAUAAAUAACUGACUUGGACUGUUUAAAAUAUUGUUAUAAAUGAUACCUUCAUUAUACAUGAAAAGUAGACACUGUUGAAAAUCGAAAAUAGAAAAAGUGUAAAACUACUUAAAAAUAUAUAUUAUGUAUAACUUAGAAUAUGUUAAAUUCAGUGAAAUGUUGAAUUUCACAGGGUUUAAAAGAGGUUUGUCUUCCAGCCGCCACACCAGGAAAUCUGUAAAACACCCAUAUGUAAGUACCCACAAAUACUGAAUAUAUUUUUAUAUGUAUUUCUACAAAAAUCAAAAGUGUCUUUUUUUUUUAAAUGUGGUUUAUAGUGUCCUUUGUACUGGGGAUCAGCAGACAGCUGAUGUUAACUAACAAUACAGAUAACUAAGAAUAACACACUUCUCAUUCUUGUCCCCUUUUUCCUUUUAAAAAUGUUGAUAG